AUGCGCUCGGCCUUAUUGUUCGGGCUUGUCGCCCUCACCUUCUCCACCAUUUGCGCCAAAGAAAGGAGAUCGGAGAACAAAUUCCGGCGAUACGGGCCAUUUCCCAUGAAGGAUAAAAGAGGUACAGAUUAUGUUCCGGGUCAUAUAUCGUCCGGCGCACCCUCCGGCCUCUUCCAGCCUAUAAUGGCAUCCAUCGCUGGUACCUCGUUGACACGAGCACUGGGUGGCUACCAGCAUGGCUUCGAUCAGGCCAGCGCAGGUCAUGGUCCAUCCCUCUCGCUGCUGGGAUCCGCAGGCCUCGGGGCAGGUCAUGGACUGAACUCAAUGGGCAUCAGCCUCGGCGGUCACAGCGGACAAGCGAUCUACGCGCUUCCUGCUUCCUCGCUAAUGUCCGCCUCCAAGACAGGCCCUGUCAUGUUCACUUACCAGAACGGCCUAGGAUACGGCGGAUCCAGCUACAUGAAGCCGAUCUACUCGAGUGGUCUCCAAAGCCUGUCGACUUAUGCUUCCGGCUCUCACGGGUCAAGCGCUCCCGUCGAAGCGGCUUCCUACGGAGACCUCUCCACCGCCGGAGUCCACGGCAUCACCCAGCACUCCUCCACAGCUGGUGGUCACGGCUACAACUCGCCGGGAUCGUCGGCGCAAGCGAUCUCAGGAGGACUUGUCUUCCUGGAAAACCCCCACGGCUCUUCGUCCUACAGCCAUCUGACUCCGUCCACCUCCAGUCAGGCAUCCCCCAGCUACCACACGGGCUUGUCCAGUGGAUCGUCAGACAGCUCCAGCUACCAACUGCCCAUUUCCUCUCAGUCGUACCCCGCAGACGUCGGUGCGUACUCCAAGUACCGUCAGCCCCCUAUUUCUUCGUCUGGCAGCUCCUACGCUAUCGCCAACGCAGCGAACUCCUUACCCAGCACCAGCUACGGGAUUCCCAGUAACAGUAUCAUCGCAUCCCAUUCGGGCGCCCAUUCAUCGGCUCCCACCGUCCAUUAUUCACCACCAGUUUCUUACAUGCCAUUCCAUUCGACCUACAAUACUGCUGCCUCAGACGACUCCGGUUCUAGUGUCAAUUACGCUUCGCCAAGCGCCUCGUAUUCGCAAUCCGAGUAUCCUAAUCACUCGCAAGUGUCUUCAUACGGACACUCCGAGCCACAAGGAUCUUACUCACAUAUUAGUCCAGUUCAGAGCAGCCACGCCUCAGUGAAAGGGUAUAAUGAUGAGUACUCAAUUCCCAAAUACGACACCAUAUCCUACUCCAGCCCUAGCGAAAAGUAUUAA